AAAAGGUGUUGCAAACAGAAGACAAAACCCCUUCCUGUUUCGUCCCUCCCCAUUUCAGCCCGUUUGCUUCUGUUUCAUUUCUAUUGAAUAGACCCUGAUCUCUCUGUUAAACUAAAUAAUCUGUCUUUGGCAGGAGAGAGACCAGACUCAGAGGAACCAGAGCCAGAGAUGUCCAAACCAGCAAGACGACUCCACUGCUCUCUGUGUGGAAAUAGUUUCACCCGGUUAGACAGCCUGAAACGACAUGAAAGAACACACACAGGAGAGAAGCCUCAUCACUGCUCCCACUGUGGAAAGCGAUUUAGCCAGUUAGUGAACCUGAAAGAGCAUAAUAAAUUGCACACCGAGGAGAAGCCUUACCAUUGCUCCCUGUGUGAACAGAGUUUUAAACGGUUAGGGCACCUGAAAAGACAUGAGAGAACACACAUAGGAGAUAAGCCUCAUUGCUGCUCCAAGUGUGGAAAGACUUUUACCCGAUUAGAACACCAAAAAGAACACGAGAGAACACACACAGAAGAGAAACCUUUUCAAUGCUCCCAAUGUGGAAAGAAUUUCACCCGUUUAGAACACAAGAAAGAACAUGAGAGAACACACACAGGAGAGAAACCUUUCCACUGCUCACAGUGUGGGAAUAAUUUUACCCGGUUAGGGAGCCUGAAUGAACAUAAAAAAAUUCACACAGGAGAGAAACCGUUCCACUGCUCCCAGUGUGGAAAGAAUUUUACCCGGUUAUGGAACCUGAAAAUGCAUAAGAGAAUGCACACAGGGGAGAAGGCUUAUCACUGCCCCCAGUGUGGAAAGAGUUUUAGGUGGUUAUGGAACCUAAAGGAGCAUGAAAAAAUACACACCGGCGAGAAGAUUUACCAAUGUUCUCAAUGUGGAAAGAGUUUUACCUGGUUAGGUGACCUGAAAAGACAUGAGAGGACACACACAGGAGAUAAGCCUCAUCAAUGCUUCCAUUGUGGAAAGAGUUUUACAGAGUUAGGUAGCCUGAAAAAACAUAGGGGACUGCACACUGGGGAGAAGCCGUACCACUGCUCCCAAUGUGAAAAUACUUUUACCCAGGUAAAACAUCUGAAAAGACAUGAGAGGACACACACAGGAGAGAGGCCUUUCCACUGCUCUCUGUGCGGAAAGAGUUUUUCAGAGUUGGGGAAUCUGAAAAGACAUGAGAGGACACACACAGGAGAGAAGCCUUAGCAAUGCUUCCACUGUGGAUAGAGAUUUACCCUAGUUGGGAGCAUGAAAAUACAUUCUGGAGCGAAAACUCAUCAAUGCUCUCCGUGUGGAAAGAGAUUUACCUGGUUAAGGCGACUGAAAGAACAUUUAAGAAUCCACACCUGAUAAAAUGUUCUCAGUGCUCCCAGUGUGGAAAGAUAUUUACCCAGUUAGAGAAAGACCACGAGGGAACACGCAGACAAGAAGCCUUACCACCGCUCCCAGGGUGGAAAGAGAUUUCAAAUCACAUUGACCUAAAGUUCAUGAGAGCACACACACACACUGCUCCGACAUUUGACUUCUAUUUUUUAAAUGUGUGUUUUUUUAUGCCACAUGAAGUAAAUUAUUUUAAACUGUGAAUUGAAUAUAUAGUAUGUCUGUGUAAAUGUAGAGCACGUCAGUCUGAAUAAAGACACUCUCAAUCUC